AUGGCCAAAGAGGAGGAGAUCAUCAGAAUACGCAACGAAGAGAAGCAUAUGAUGAAGUUGCCGUUGGAGAUCAUCGUGCACAUCUUGGACAUCCUUUACCUCCAAGGCAAGCUCAAGCCCAAGUUCUUGCGGUUGUCCAAGCUCUUCUACACCGUGGUGCUUCCUUACAUCUACAGCAGACCCACCCUCAAGGCCACCAACUUCUUUGCGUUCGUGGACACCAUGUCCAACAACAAGACCAUUGGCAACCACGUCCAGGAGUUGGACUUGUCGUACAUUAUCCAAUCAGGAAAAAAUGCCUUUGUGGCCAAGUUGUUGAAGCGCUCCAAAAAGAACCUCGAGCUCUUCGUGGCCCCCCAGACCAGUUUUGGCUUGGGCCCCUUGCUAGCACUCAAGAAUUGCAAGAACUUGAAGGUGUUGGACUUGCGGUUGGUUUCCGAAACCUUGAAUUUGCAGGAAUUGUUCAACUCAAUCAGCACCCUAAAGCAUCUUACCCAUCUUUCAUUUCCCCGAUCCUCCAUUGACAUCAAGGAGAUCGACGCUAUUAGCUGGCCUCCCAAUCUUUCGUAUUUGCGGAUUUCUGGAGGGAUUUCCGACGAGUUCUUGACGAACACUCAGUUUCCCCAGAGCAUCACCCAGCUAGAGUUUGCUCAUUGUCCAGCCAUCAAGGAGGCUGGAUUCCAUGAUAUGUUGAUAAAGCACGGAAGGAACCUCAAGACACUCAAGGUGCAGUACCCAAUGCCUGGGAUCAAAAACAACUCGCUUGACUAUGUCUUCAGUUUCUGUCCCAACUUAUUGGUGCUUGAAAUUGCCGUGGAUUAUUGUUCCAGCUCGUUUUUUGACGAGGAGAACCUUCCACCGCUUUCAUACCCUCGGCCACUCAGAACCUUGUACAUAGAUAGCAGUGGUAUGUUGGGGACGUCCACCAAGCUAGACCCCAUCGAUCUAGCGGUGGCUUUAAGUGAGGAACGGUUGCCCAUGCUCAAAAACAUACAAUGUACUGCCAAGUUGGGGUGGGACCCAAAGUCUGAGUACGUGUCGUUCAUUGUGGACGAAUUGGACCAGAGAGGAGGAGGCAUAUACAUUGGGUACUAG